AAUUUAGGAUGAAGCUAAUUAGUUAGAAUGACGUUGCCACUCGAUUAAUAUGGCUAAUAGAAGACAUGGAUCGAAGAUGGUUUUGUGUUCACAUUUGCCUUCUGAUCGUUUUGGUCGUCCAACUUUCUGGGAUCAAGGUAACGAAGCGGACCACUGAGAACUGUUGGGAGGGAGUGAACUGUACUUACUGUGUUGUCCCUCCGUAUUAUAGUAGCCAGCUGCAAAUAGUUCCCAAUCCGAGUGGGUACCGUAUUAACGAUGGUAUGGACGCUAAUGUGUACUGCAAACAGUGGGGUAGAAGUUUUGUAAACUCUGUGCUGGCAGUGGAUGGAGUCAGCAAGAACGAGAUCUUUUUCAGGGAGAAGAUCACCGUCACCUGUUCCAAAGGCAUCAUAUCACCUAACAUAUUUGCAGAUGACAAGUGGUGCGCAUUUGGUUGUGCACAAGUGCCGGAUGAUAACUACAUAGUGGACUACCCUGACAUGACCUACCAGACUGACCUGGCUCUCGCUCCUGUCUACACUGACUCCACCAAGGAGAUUAAAGUUUCGUGUAAAAGAGGGUACAGUGACGCUGUUGGAGACAAUGGAAAACAGGGUAUCAGAUGUACAUCAACUGGAUACACAGGAUAUAUAAGAACUUGUGUGGAAGGCUGCAAUUAUCCGCUGAAUGAAGGAAUUCACACGUUGAGUGUUCAGCCAAAUUACGAGACUGGGUAUCCGUACUACCCAGUUAAUGAUAACGAACCUAUUUACGUCGAAUGUGCUGGAGAUAAGUAUUCUUACCCGAUCUACUGUGUCAAAGGUGUUGGAUGGGUCAACACUGAUCUCCUGUCUUGUGCUAAAGUGACAUCUGGUGCCUCAUCCACAGACAACUAUUUUAACUAUUGGCUGCCAAUUUUAGCUUACGCUACACUACUUUUACUUUGAUUUGAUUGCUUGCACCUUUUUUAUUUAUGAUAAAUGUUUCACCUCAUUUCCCCUGAACUCACGUUUUGUCGGUACUCAGCUCAAGUUUGUUUUCUUACUUAUAACAGUCUUACUACUUUACUGAAUGUAUUUAUUGUGGUAGACUGUUCAGUGUUCACGCCUGCUGCUGACCAUUUUACAAAUAUUAAUUAAAUUUAAACAGUGCGUUAUUUUUCGUUAUAACUGAUGAUCCAGAUCAUGCAGCACAGCAACCACAACUCCUAAUGCAGAGUGAUGGGCGCACCGAGGUUGCAGUAUUACAUGAUAUGAAGCGUUUUCUCAUGUAUAAAGAAUUGUAGAUGAAUGUUAAUAUGGUAAGACUAUAACCCUAUGUUAUAUAAUGUGCUU